AUGAUGGACAUCGGCCGACGAAUCGAGAGCUGCAUGAGAGCAUCAACCACCGCAGAUGUACUUGUCGACUUCGAAGGUCCGGACGAUCCAUAUCGGCCGAUGAACUGGCCCACGAAGAAGAAGGUCAACACGACGCUCAUGUACGGCCUCACUACGAUGAGUGCAACCUGGGCGUCCUCAGCCUAUUCGGCCGGCACGCAGCAAAUCGCUCGAGAGUUCCAUGUUGGAAAUCAAGUUGCCGUCCUAGGGACAACGCUCUUCCUUUUUGGUUUCGGACUUGGACCACUCCUCUGGGCACCUCUCAGUGAAGUCUACGGACGAAGAAUCGCAGUCUUGGCUCCCAUGUUUGUCGCAAUAUGCUUCAGCUUUGGCAGCGCAGUCGCGAAGGACUUCCAAACUCUCAUGAUCACCCGCUUCUUCGGUGCGUUCUUCGCUAGUGCGCCUGUCACCAAUACCGGAGGGGUGCUUGGUGACUUAUACUCUCCAGCCUGGCGCGCACUCGCAAUGGCCGGCUAUGCCAUGGCAGUUGUUGGUGGGCCUUGUCUUGGACCCAUCGUGUCUGCUGCAUUCGUCGCGAAUCCAUCGCUGGGCUGGCGCUGGACGGAAUAUUUCACAGGCAUACUCCAAGCUGCAAUCCUGUUCAUCGACAUCAUCUUCAUCGACGAAUGCUAUCCACCAAAACUUCUCAUCUACAAAGCAAGGCGCCUCCGACACGAGACCGGUAACUGGGCGCUCCACACGAAAUUCGAAGAGUGGGAUGUCAGUAUCAAGGAGCUCAGCAAGAAAUUUUUAUUACGCCCCAUCCAACUCUUAAUGACACCAAUCUGCUUCCUAGUCGCUCUAUACGCAAGCUUCUGUUACGGAAUCCUAUACAUGCAACUCGGCGGUAUCCCCAUUAUCUUCCGCGAAAUGCGCGGCUGGCCCGCCGUCUCCUCCACUCUUCCCUUCCUCGCGAUCCUUAUCGGCGCUAUUAUCGGCUGCUCUAUUAAUGCUUACAAUCAGCUCCUGUACAACAAGGUUUAUCACGCUGCUGGAAACCGGGCCGUCCCGGAGGCCCGCUUACCGCCAAUGAUGUUAGGCAGUGUUUUAUUCUCCGCCGGGCAAUUCGUCAUGAGCUGGACCGCGGACCCUGGAUUUCAUUGGAUUUGCCCAUGCAUCGGGCUCGUCAUGCUCGGAACCGGCUUCUUUACUAUAUUUCAGGCUGCGCUGAAUUAUCUAGUUGAUACGUUCACGCAGUAUGCGGCCAGUGCGGUGGCUGCGAAUACAUUUCUGAGGUCAUGUUUUGCCGGCGCAUUUCCGUUGGUGGUAACGCCGUUGUAUCAUAAUAUUGGCGUCGGACCGGCGAGUAGCAUUACUGGAGGAUUUGCGGCACUCCUUGUACCAGUGCCAUUCGUGUUCUAUAUCUAUGGCAAAAGAAUUAGGAGAAGGAGCAAAUGGAGCAAGGGCAGUGUAUUUGAUUAG